AUGGCUACCUACACUGAGAAUAACCUGGCUGAGCCAUCCGCUCUGCCUGCCGAAGUCCGCAACGAGGUCAAGAAGCCCAAGAAGAAGAAGGUUCUCCUUAUGGGGAAGUCUGGUUCUGGAAAGUCCAGCAUGCGUAGCAUCAUCUUCAGCAACUAUAUUGCCCGAGAUACUCGUCGCCUAGGUGCAACUAUCGAUAUCGAUCUCUCCCAUGUCAAGUUCCUAGGCAACCUUACACUCAACCUGUGGGACUGCGGCGGGCAGGAAGCAUUCAUGGAGAACUACCUUUCCCAGCAGCGCGUCCACGUAUUCUCCAAUGUCGGCGUCCUCAUUUACGUUUUCGAUAUCGAGUCCCGCGACGUCGAACGAGAUCUCGCAACCUAUGUGGCCAUCCUCUCGGCCCUCCUCCAGUACUCCCCCGGUGCUAGAAUAUACAUCCUCAUCCACAAGAUGGACCUUGUGGUCCCUACGGCCCGCGAGGCCAUGUAUGAAGAGCGUGUCCGCAUCGUCCGCCAGAAGACCACCGAGCACUCCAACAACGACAUCGACCUCAUGCCCUUCGCCACCAGCAUCUGGGACCAGAGCCUCUACAAGGCCUGGGCCUCCAUCAUCCACGACCUGGUCCCCAAUCUCUCCGUCAUAGAGCGCAACCUCGCAAACCUCGGCAUGGCCAUCGAGGCCGAGGAGCUCCUCCUCUUUGAGCGCACGUCCUUCCUGGCCGUCUCCUGCUGGACCUCGCCCGAGGGCCAGCACAACCCCACCGAGGACCGCCUUGAGCGCAUGUCCAACAUCAUGAAGCACUUCAAGCAGAGCAUCUCCCGCUUCACGGGCACCCCGCGCAACGCCGAGCAGUUCAUCCGCAUGGAGCACAAAGCCGGGAUGCGCUUCAGUCUAUUCAUCCUCAAGUUCACCACAAACACCUACCUCAUGGUCGUCCUUCCGCCCGGCGAGGCCCGCUUCAACGCGGCUAUGCUGAAUUGCCAGAUCGCCAUUCAGCACUUCAAAUUCCUUGAUGUACCAAGCGCACUGCCGCCGUCUUCGACUAUCGCCUAA